AUGCGGUCCAAUCCCCACUUCAAUCCCGCAGCGGUCAGCGAUCAGAUCAUCUCCCUCACCGAGGACGAGAUCACCGCCUUCCUCGACGAGCUGGACCACAACAAGGACGGGCAUAUCAGCUACUCGGAGCUGGAAAAGAAGCUCGAUGCGGUCAAUGACGAGCUCUCACCCCACCCUAAACCCCAUCACAUCAACCACGAAUCUCAAGAGGGUGCAGCACGUCAUGCGUUCCUGCGCGGGAUGUACGGGAGUCAGGCGGAUCGGAUCUCGCGGGAGGACUUUGCGGCGCAUAUCCGGACCUGGAAGGUGCCGUCGAUGAAGCAGGAAGAGGCGGAGGAGGAGUCGCAGAAGGAGUACAUGCGGAAGCUGGGAUGGGCACGGCGAUUCCGGAGCUACUGGGCGGUCCACGGUCCAAAGAUCGUCUUUGUCCUCUUUGUCGCCCUCGCCAUCUCGUCCUUUGGUAUAUGGCAGCUCGUCAAGUAUCUCACUCAAACGGAGUAUCGGGACGCCCUUGGCUGGGGCGUCGUCGUCUCCAAGACCUCGGCGGGUUGUCUCUACAUGACAUUCUUCUUCCUCCUCCUCUCGAUGAGCCGGUACUUCUCCACCGCCCUCCGUCGGUCUUACCACGUCUCCCGGUUCAUCAAUUGGGAUCUCUCGCAGACAUUCCACAUUUACAUGUCUUGCGUCGCCCUCGCUCUCGCCACUAUCCACGCCAUCGGGCAUCUCUCCGGCUCCUUCGUCUGGGGCGGUCUCGCGUACCAGCCCCAGGCGCUCGAGACGCUUUACGGUCCGAACCGCCCACUCAGGACGUACCGAGACUAUAUAGCGUCCCUUCCUGGCGCCACCGGGAUCACUGCACUCGGAUUAUUCUACAUCCUCGCGGCCCUCUCCCUCCCGGCGGUCCGCAAGUGGAGCUAUGAGCUCUUCCAGCUCGCCCACCUCCUCAUGUUUCCCAUCAUCGGGCUCAUGAUGGCGCACGGUACCCUCCACCUCCUCCAAUGGCCCAUGUUUGGCUACUUCCUCGCCUUCCCCACUCUCCUCAUCCUCAUCGAGCGCACCAUCCGGGUCUGCGUCGGCUUCCAGCGUAUCCCCGCUACAAUCGAGAUUCUAGACUCGGAAACGGUCGAAAUCAAGGUCACCAUUCCCAAAACACGGAUCUGGAAAUACGCCGCGGGGCAGUACGUCUUCCUCCAAGUACCCAGUAUCUCGGUCGCUCAGUGGCAUCCCUUCACCGUGUCCGUUUGCGACGACAAGGAGAUGCAGCUGCACAUCAAGACGGACGGGAACUGGACCAAAAAGGUGCGGGGCCUGGCGGGGGAGAAGGGAAAGACGGAGAUCAAGGUCGGGAUCGACGGGCCAUUCGGGGCGCCCGCGCAGCGUUUCUACGACUUCAGCCAUACCAUCCUCGUCGGCGCUGGGAUCGGGGUCACUCCUUUCAGUGGGAUUCUGGCGGAUCUGCAGGUCAAGGAGAACAAGAGGAACGGUGGACCGACGGACAGGGAGUCCCGCAAGUCGAGCAAAGACAGCAAACAGGUGAUUGGUCCCACAACCACCAGCCCGGCCAAUGCCUCUCCCUCCAACUCCCGCAACGCCUCCUCCGUCUCCCUCAAUUCCCUCACUCGGUCCGUAUCCCGCACCCUUUCCCGCUCCCGCUCCCGAGCCAGCCGCGCGCGCAAUAUGGCCCCCGCCGACUUUCCCGCAGACUACCGCCGGACAGAUUUCCACUGGGUCGUACGGGACAAGAACUACCUCAACUGGUUCUCGGACCUCCUCAACUCCAUCUCCCGCUCCCAGAUCUGGCACCGGCAACACCCCUCCCACACCGGCGCGUACCCCCACCUCGAUAUUCGGAUGUGGACGCACGUUACGCAGAAACGCAAAUCCAUCUCGACGCACAUCUACCGCUGGCUCCUCGAGCUCCACCGGACUCCCGAGCACCCCGAGUCACCCCUCACGGGCCUGAUCAACCCCACGCACUAUGGCCGGCCCGACUUUGUGCGGAUCCUCGAUGACCAUUAUGCCGAUAUGAUGCGGUAUAGGACCGAGACGGGGUGGGAUCAGGAUGGAGAUGGGAAGAAUGAUCGGUUCAAGGUGGGGGUGUUCUACUGUGGUGCGCCUGUCGUCGGUGAAAUACUAGCGGAUAGGUGCAGGUUGUUGACGGCGCGAGGAAGGGCGGAUGGGUCGAAUAUCGAGUAUUACUUUAUGAUCGAGGUGUUUGGGUAG